AUUGUUAACGUAACAUACUAUUUAAGCUUGCUGCCCAUCACACACCUCGGACAUAUCCGUUCGUGCAAUUCCUAACUAGUAUCGUUCAAAAUGGCUUCGGGCGUCGCUGUCUCUGAUCAGGUCGUACAGAUCUACGAUGCUAUUAAACUUGGACACAAGCACAAGUACUUCAUUAUGAAGAUCUCUGAUGACAACACAGAAGUAGAGGUUGUAAAGACCGCAGAAACCACUGCCACAUGGGACGAUUUCAUAGGAGAUCUACCCGAGAACGACUGUCGUUACGGUGUAUUCGACUUUGACUACAAGACCAAGGACGGAGGUCAGCGUAACAAGCUAAUUUUCGUUGUCUGGGCACCCGAUACCGCUAAGAUCAAGAAGAAGAUGUUGGUUGCCUCAAGUAAGGACGCUGUGCGCAAAAAGCUUGUAGGUAUCAACACGGAGAUCCAGGCUACCGACGCGGACGAGACUGAGUACGACGAGGUCCUUUCAAAGGUUUCUCAAUACGAUUAAAUAUUCAUUUUUAAACUAUGCAUCUC